ACAACAAUCAGCACCCCAAAAUUUUGUCAAACUCUCUGUACUCCCCAAUAACACACCUCUCUCUAAAAUCAUUUGGAAGAGGGGACUCCUUUUUGUUAUUUUUUGGUCUCCUUUCCCUCUUCCAUACCUCUCUCGUACAACAAGGACAAACAACAAUAUCUUUCUCUCCGUUUGUUAUUUGCUCUUUGUAUUGCUUGACUCCUUGCAACAAGUUGUUUUCCAGAAACAUUAAAAGAUGGUUCGGGCUCUUGAACAAGAACAAGAAAAUUAUAGGUCUAGGUUGUUUCAUUUCAGGGAUAUGAAUGAGAACACAGGAAGACAUGCAAAGAGUUUGAGUAUUGAGAGUGCUAGUAGAUUAGAAGAGGCAGGUAUGGGGGAAGAGGUAGCAGUUAGAAGUCAGGGAUCAAGAACUCAAAAUGAUCUACUGUCAUUGAAUAGAGGCGACAGGGGUCUCAGGUCAAGGAUCGGCAAGGAAGAAAUGGCUGCUGCCUUCCAAGCCAGAGAAAAGCAGCUAUUAAAUGAUAUGGAGCAGAUGAAGGAAAAGUUUGCUAAAUUACUCUUAGGUGAGGAUAUGUCAGGUGGAGGGAAGGGAGUUUCGUCAGCUUUAGCAUUGUCAAAUGCCAUUACAAACCUUGCAGCUUCUGUCUUUGGUGAACAAUCACGCCUAGAGCCUAUGUCAGCUGAAAGGAAAGGAAGGUGGAGAAAAGAAAUAGAUUGGCUCUUAUCUGUCACUGAUCACAUUGUUGAAUUUGUUCCUUCUCAACAGAAAAACAAAGAUGGAUCAAACAUGGAGAUAAUGGUCACAAAGCAACGGGCAGAUCUUCAUAUGAACAUUCCUGCCUUGCGGAAAAUUGACACAUUGCUUACUGACUGCCUAGAUAACUUCAAGGACCAAAAUGAAUUCUAUUAUUUGUCAAGAGAUGCCCCAGACUCAGAAAAAGGAAACAACAAGAGAAAAGAUGACAAAUGGUGGCUGCCUACUGUAAAAGUUCCCCAAGAUGGUUUGUCAGAUGCAUCAAGAAAAAACCUGCAGUACCAAAAGGAUUGUGUGUCUCAAGUGCUUAAAGCAGCAAUGGCAAUUAAUGCCCAAGUUCUGUCAGAGAUGGAGGUCCCUGAAAACUAUAUUGAAUCCCUCCCCAAGAAUGGGAGAGCUAGUCUUGGUGAUUCAAUCUAUAGGAGUAUCACAGUUGAAUUCUUUGAUCCUGAUCAAUUUCUCUCCACCAUGGACUUAUCAUCAGAGCACAAGAUUGUAGACCUCAAGAAUAGAAUUGAGGCAUCUAUAAUAAUAUGGAAGAGGAAGAUGAACCAAAAGGACGGAAAAUCAGCUUGGGGUUCCGCUGUUAGCCUGGAGAAGAGAGAACUCUUUGAGGAGAGAGCUGAGACCAUCUUACUCAUUAUCAAACAACGGUUCCCAGGAAUUCCUCAAUCUUCACUAGACAUCAGCAAAAUCCAAUACAACCGGGAUGUAGGGCAGGCUGUCCUAGAGAGCUACUCAAGAAUACUGGAAAGCUUGGCCUUUACGGUCUUGUCUAGGAUUGAAGAUGUCCUCCACGCUGAUUUUGUUGCCCAAAAUCCCAGUCAAGCAUCAUGCAAAAGGAACCCUUUAACGGAUGACAGCCAACCUAUUUUGGUGCUUCCAAACCCAAAAUAUGAUGCGGAUACGCCCAACUCCAUGACCCUCUCAGAUUUACUUACGUGGAGUUUAGAUCAAAAUGACUCUGAGGCUAACAAAGACUCGACAGAUGAGUUAUCCAAAGAGGGAGAUGCAAAGCACAUGCAGAAACUGAACGUAGUGACUAACAAGAAGGUUUCCUAUCUUGAAAGCUUGGGCGGAUUAAGAAGCCCAACGGCGCGCCAUUGAAGACAAUAAUAGCGGAGAAGAUUAAGGGAAAAUAAUAGAACAACUGAAAGCUGUUAGAGCGAUAGAAAGAUAGAGAGAGUGCGAUAGAUUAAGGAAUAUAAAGAGUGAGAAAGCCUGACCUUCACAUAUAAUUUUUCACACCUAGGAUGGAUUACUCUGACUUGUGGGCUGCUUUAUUAUUCUAUUCCUUCCUUUUGUAAAUAGGGAAGAUAACUAAAACUGUGGAAUUAAAAGCAUUUAUAUAUGCUAUCUUUGAAAACCAAUAAAGCAAUUGUAGUUUGACAGCCA